AUGCAUUUUUACGGAGGAAAUUCCGAGAGGUGGCUGAGGGUUUUCACAAGUAUCGGUUGUCAAUAUUUAGAUAGCUGUAUGCACGGCGCAGUGGUGCCUCUUCUUACCGAAGUGCAGUGGCAACAUCAGAGCAGUAACGCCACUAUCGGUGAGAUAUCAAAAGGAACUGCAUCAUUCGCUUUAGCUGCCACGUUCAUGUCCACUGGAAUCGUGGAGGUAUUAUUCUCACCGAUUGCGGGUUUAGUUGCUGACCGGUGGGGACUUGAUAUAGUACUUCUCUUCGGGUUACUUUGUUCUACAUUUAAAUGUCUUCUCUACGGACUUACACCUUUAACUCCACUUAUUCUACUGACUAACCGUUGUUUGCAGGGCGUGGUGAGUGCAUGCACCCAAACCAUGGCCAUGGCUAGGAUUCGAGACAUCUAUGACGAGGCUUCAUUGGAGUGCACGAUAGUAACUGGAGUGGCAAUGUGCAAGUUAUCUUUCAACUUAUUCGCGGCUUUAUUCGUAGGCGAGCUCUUCCGAUACCUGAACAACCGUGUGUUCCUCCUGUUCUUGUCUAUUGAACUCAUACUCAUUGUUGGUGUGCUGUUGACGUUUCGAACUGAAAACUUUCACAAAAAGGAGGAAACCAGGUCCGACCAAGGAGCCGACGACGCAACGAGUCAAGUCGACCAGAAGAAACAUCGUUCUGUGCGAUGGCGAGUCAUUUUCGAUGUCCAGGUGUUGAUUGUCGCACUAAGUUUCCUGGUAAGUGCCCUAGGAUACACGGCACUCGAGCCUACUCUUGCAGUCUGGGUGGACUACAUGUUCGGAGACGGUACAGUAUCAACGGCUCAUAUGCUUGGCUUAUGCGGAUUCUCCGUUCUGUUGAGUACCGCAUGUUGCGUCUAUGUCCUCGGCACCUUAAGCAACAACUUGACGUGGAUAUUCUGCUUUGUAUCGCUAUGCACCGCAGGAUUACCCUUGGUGUUAGUCAAAUUCUCCCCAUCACUCACCGUAGCUUCAAUCUUCUUGGCUGUGUUUUUCUUCGGUUCACAAGCAGCUCGUGUGAUAUUGAUCACCAUGUGUUCUACUAUCGCUGUCAAGAGACACCCUGAAGCUUACAGCCUAGUGUUCUCCAUCGUGAACUUGGGUUGGGGUGGUGCAUCUCUCUUUGGACCUCUCGUAGCUCCGUUUCUAUUUGGCUCUUCCUGUACUGUCUGCAUGAUUGGUGUUGCUUAUAUAUUAACAGCUCUUCUGGCAUUAUUGCUCCGGAAUCUUGACUCCAAAGAUGGAAUAAACUUCAUGGAUUGCUACUGUGCCAAGGCCAUUGAUGAUGAUGGUUAUCAGUUGGUAGUAACAAACGAAGACAUUCCAUUUACUUUUGAACAAAGACAGGUCAUGAUACAAACAACAAAUAAAUAA